AUGAUUCGUCGUGUACGUGUGGCUCUGAAACACUCAAAUCCGACCUAUGACGAGGAGGAGAAGAGCAGUUUGAUGCCUUCGCUGCUCGGCGCACCAAAUAAUCGUUAUCGUCUUUUCUUUCUAAUUCUAUGCUUUAUAUUUCUCUAUUUUUGGAAUCGACGGGAGCAAACGUAUGGCGAUGAGAUACGGAGGCGAGAUGAGAAGUUGGAGGCGGUGCAGAGGGAGCACGACAGUGUGCUCGAGAAGUUGAGAGUAAUCUGGCUGCACAAAAAGAAGAUCGAAUCGGACGCCAAGCAACAAAAAGCGGAUUUAGACAAAUUCCAGAGUAAAUUUAAACUAAAAGAAUCAGAAAUCUACGGGUACCGUACUAAAAAUAAGGAGUGUCUCACGGAACUCUCGUCUUGUCAAAAGGAAUCAAAAGGUGAAAAAGACGAAAAACCGAAUCAGGAGACCGCGGAAAAGUUGAAAAUCGAAAUUUCGGGUCUCAAAAAGAAGGUCGGGGAGAUGGAGGAGAAGAUGAAGGAGAUGGAGAAUGAUAGCAACUCGAUGGCGGCAAUUUUGAAGGACGAGCUUAAACAGUGCGAGGCGAAAAUUCGACAAUUGACAGGGAGAGACGAGUCGAAGGAAGUGGAUGACGAGGAGUUGUUGGAUGACGGAUCGGUGACUGGUGGAGGAGGUAAUCCUAAUAAGAAUCGUCUUGACAAGACAAGACUGGAGGUAUCUAGGAGUACAGUAAUCACUUAG